CGCGACAUUUUUUUUUCUUUAACAUAAACCAAAAAUCCUCCCCUCCAAAAAAUCAAAAAAAAAAAGAAAAAAAUUAGUACUAAUCUCUUCCCUUCUCUCUCUCUCAUAUUUCCACUACAUUCUCUCUCUAAAAACGUAAUUAUAAAUUCCCAUCUCCUUCGAUUCUCUAAUCUCUCCUCUUCUUUUCUGCAAAAUUUGUGUUUCUCUUUUCUCGUUCUCAUUCUCUGAUACCAGAGAGCUAGGGUUUCUUAAUUUUGCCUGACGAGAAGGAAAACACGUUCGAGGUUUAUGGAUUGGGCUCUGUCGAUUACAGUAUUAUAGGCAAUUUUUUUAAUUUUUUAUUUGGGGUGGGGAAAUGAGAUAAAUUAGGGUAUUGUUAUGUAUAUUUUGAUGUUUUGAUUAGCGUUGUAUUAGUGGAAUUUUUUGUUUUGUUUUUGUUUUUAAUUAAGCAAGGGUAAUUAGGUUUAGCUAUGGUGUGGAUUUUAGGGUGUGGGGAUGAGAGGUAGGAAUUAGGGGUGGGGAUGACUGAUUUUCAAACGUUACAGCAAAAACCAGAAUCCACCAAUAAUGCUCGUGUGGAUUUUGAGCGUGGAUUGGAGGAGUUGAUGCGUGGCCACUUGGAUGAUUGUAUGCCAUUUGCGUCAUGUAGCUCGACACGUAAUCCGGAUGAUGAGGACGAUGAAGGGGAUCAGCUUGUGCGGAGGAGGAGGAGGUCGGAUCUUGAGGGUGAUGACUUGGCUGAGUCUUCAGCUGCUAGACGGCGUCACUCGCGGAUUUUGAGCAGGUGGGCUGCGCGGCAGGCACAGGAGAUGAUAACAACGAUUGAAAGGAGGAAUCGUGAAUCUGAGCUGAUGGCUUUGGCAGGCUUGCACACGGUUUCCAUGCUUGACUCCUCAUUCUUGAGGGAGUCUCAAUCGCCCUCUGCAAGGCGACAGGGGGCUGUGGAGAGGCCAUCCACACAGGCCUCUGCAAUUUUGCAAAUGUGGAGGGAGUUGGAGGAUGACCAUUUGUUGAAUAGGGCUCGAGAGAGGGUCAGAGAAAGGUUGAGGCAACGAAAUGUUGAUAAUAAUACAGAUUUGUCCACAACAACCAUGUCAGAGAGUCGGGGGAGUGACAAUCCAGGUAGCGUUGGGGAUGUGAGUGAAAGCGAGAAUGAGUAUGGGACUUGGUCGCAUGAUCAGGGUGGGUCACAGAAUGAACAUGAGAGCAAUAAUACGUCUAGUAGGGAGCAGUCUCCGGAUCCUGGUGAUGUUGAGAGGGAGAGGGUCCGACAGAUUGUUCGAGGAUGGAUGGAUAGUGGCAUUACUGAUCAUUCAUCUAAUGUUACCCAGAGGACUGGUAGUACGAGAGCAGAAUGGCUAGGUGAGACAGAACGUGAAAGGGUCAGAAUUGUCCGAGAGAGGGUGCAAAUGACAAGUCAGCAGCGAGGAGCACGUGGGGGACGGAGGGAAAACCUAGGAGCUGGACUUGAUGCACAAGUUGACCAAGUUCAUGAAGGCUCAGUUGUGGACCAUGAUGAAGGGCAACCAGAACAUAUUCGCAGGGACUUGCUGAGGUUGCGUGGUAGACAAGCUGUAAUUGAUUUGCUUGUUAGAAUUGAGAGGGAAAGACAACGGGAGUUACAGGGUCUGUUGGAGCACCGUGCUGUCUCUGAUUUUGCUCAUCGGAAUCGCAUUCAGUCAUUGCUUAGAGGCAGAUUCCUGCGAAGUGAAAGACCGGCAGAAGAGGAGAGACCACCUUCUAUGGCAGCAAGUGAGUUAAUUCAAUUAAGGCAACGCCACACUGUGUCUGGUUUGAGGGAAGGUUUCCGCAACAGAUUAGAGAGUAUUGUCCGCGGUCAAGCAAGCAGCAAUUCUGAUACUACAUCCAGCAGUAGUGUUACUGAUUCUAGAAAUGAACAGUUGCAAACAAACCCUUCACUGGAUAUCCAACAUGAAAACACUGAGCAUUCACAACCUAUGGUAAAUGAUAUCUUGAGGUUGCCUGAUCAAAUGGACAGUUUUAAUAGCAACACAUCUGUUGAUGAGAAUAUAAAUUGGCAAGAAAAUGCUAACCAAGGAGAAAAUUGGCAGGAACAAACUAAUAGUAAUAAUGAGAGAACUAGCUGGCAACAGUCAACUUUUGAUCAGUUCAACCAAUGGAGAGGGGGAAAUGCAGAAGAAAUGGAUGCAAAUUGGCAAGACAACUCAGUUAGUGAUUAUCGCCCAGAAACUCCAGGAAAUGUUGGGGAAGAAGCCCAUCCACCGGAAGCACAGAGGGUUUGGGAUGAGGAUAGCUCCAGGGAAGCUGUUGAUAAUUGGUCAGAAGGGCCUUCUGAUCCCCCAAGAGCCCGUCGUGGUGUUCCAGUAAGAAGAUUCAACCGAUUUCAUCCACCUGAUGAUGAUAAUGUUUAUAGUAUGGAACUCAGGGAACUUCUUAGCAGGAGAAGUGUCUCUAAUCUUCUUCGAAGUGGGUUUCGUGAAAGUCUGGACCAAUUGAUACAGUCAUAUGUGGAAAGACAAGGUCGUGCUCCAAUUGACUGGGAUCUGCAUAGAAACUUGCCAACUCCAACCCCACCAGAGCGAGAUCAGGAGCAGCAGAGGGGUGAAGCAAAUGAUGAUCAGACUGAUGCCAUCAGCAGACCUCCAAUGGUCUUGCCUUCUCCACCAGUGCCACCACCACAGCCACUGUGGCAUCAGGAUUUACAUCAUACUAGCUGGUCUAGGCAUAGCAUGCACCGAUCAGAAAUUGAGUGGGAGAUAAUAAAUGAUCUAAGAGCAGAUAUGACAAGGCUCCAGCAAGGCAUGAGCCACAUGCAGAGGAUGUUGGAGGCCUGCAUGGAUAUGCAACUGGAGCUGCAGCGCUCUGUCAGACAAGAAGUCUCUGCAGCUUUGAAUCGAUCAGUUGGUGAAAAAGGUUUGAGUGCAGAAACAUCUGAGGAUGGUUCUAAAUGGGGUCAUGUGAGGAAAGGGACUUGCUGUGUGUGUUGUGAUAGUCAUAUUGAUUCACUUCUAUACAGAUGUGGGCACAUGUGUACAUGUUCAAAAUGUGCAAAUGAGUUGGUCCAUGGUGGGGGAAAGUGCCCAUUGUGCCGAGCGCCAAUUGUUGAGGUAAUCCGAGCAUACUCAAUACUGUAAAGAGGUGAGAAAAACAUAAUAAGGAUUGAACGAUAUAGGAAUGGCCAGCGAGUUCUAAGCAAGUGAAUAUCAGUUAAGGCUCAAAUCUGUAGUGUUCAGUUGCUGUUGUUUUUCUGAUUAUAUGUGAAUCACCCUGCAGUGUAUAAUUGGAAUAACAAUUGGUAUCAUUGAUUCUUCAUUCAUGCGUAAAUAAAAUGGCGUAUAGAAAAUUCUUUCAUUUACUUCCCAUUGUCUAUAUGUGAUUGCUCAAUUGCAGAGUUGCUGAAGGGUUUCUCCUAUAAUUUGUAAUUUUUUCUUACCAUGUUUCUUCGGGGAAAAGUUGUAGAAUUCUAAGGUUAGUAACGUAGAUUGCUGGGUUUUUGGAAGAAUCUUACAACAGGUCUCUCUUAAUUUUUAUUUUAGAUUGGACCUGAGUAGGUCCUUAAAAAGGCUCCUGGAAGGGAAAAUGCUCCAGGUAAAUAAGCUUGGAGAUUUUGUCCAGAUCAGAGCCAAGACUCGAGGGUUACCACUUCCGGAAGGAGGAUCUCCUCUUGCUAGGACUUGCUGAUUCCUGAAGUCUAGUAGAGAGUUGCUGAGGGUUUUUCAUAUGACUUCGUAAUUUUUUACCAUGUUUUUCCUAGAAAAUAUUUAGAAUUCGAAGGUUAGUAACAUGCACUGAAUGGUUGAAGAUUCAAAAUGGGUUUUCCUUUUAUAAAUUGCCUACAAAAAU